AUGACUGAAGAUACUUUUAAGCUAAAUACCUCUAAGUUGGUUGAAAAGAAUAAUUUUGAAGAAAAUCCAGAAGAUACAGGAGAAUGUUGGUUUUCAGAUUCAGAUGCAGAAGAAAAGAUGAUUUCAUUUUUAUUUGAUAAUUUAGGUCAAUUAACUAUUAAUGAAAAUUCUACAAUGUGUGAUGUUGGUACAGGUAAUGGACAUUUAUUAUUUCAAUUAAGAGAAGAAGGAUUUAAAGGUAAAUUUUUGGGUAUUGAUUAUUCUGAAAAUUCUGUUGAAUUUGCUCAAAAUAUUGCUGAAACUAAUGAUAUUGAUGAUAUUGAAUUCGAAGUUGUUGAUAUUUAUGAUGACAAUUGGAAACCAACAAGACAAUUUGAUGUAUUAUUAGAUAAAGGUACAUUAGAUGCUAUUGCAUUAAGUGGAUUAAAAUUUAAUGGUAAAACAGCUGUGGAAUUAUAUGCUGAAUCUGUACAGAAAUUAUUACCUUCAGGUAGUGUUUUCUUAAUAACGUCUUGUAAUUUUACAGAAGUUGAAUUAACAAAAAUUAUUGAAGGUGAUUUUUUCAAAGUUUGGAAAAAAAUUGAUUAUCCAUCAUUUGAAUUUGGUGGUGUUAAAGGUCAAACAAUUUGUAGUAUAGCAUUUGAAAGAAAAUAG